GUAGCUGGCGGCGGCGUGGGUGACAGUGAGGAGCAGUACGGGACAGCGGGGUUCACCACCACCAGUUGCGACAGACGCGUGUGUCACGAGAGUGGUGGCGGCGGGCACCAGACUCACCAGCGCUAGUUGCGUUCGUCCCCCACCAGGAGUUACAGACAUGUCUACCCGAAUGAAUCUAGGCGGUCACGACAGCUUCUUGAACCGCCUGCUGGUGCUGCGGGAGCAAGAGGUCCUCAACCUGUCCAAGAAGCUGCACCACCAAGCGGCUCUCGACUCUGACGGCGGCUCAGGAGUGAGCGAGGGCAGCCUGGGGAGCCCGGAGCCCAACUCUCUCUCCAUCUCCCCACCUCCCCCGUCCUCCCCACACCAUCGACUCCACUCCCCGACAGCCGGCAAGCCUGAAUUUGUUUCCACAAGUUCACGUCUCCACUACGACGACCGCCACCACCACCAUGACCAGAGGCAAGAUCAAGUAGAUCAGAGGCAUCGUGUAUAUAACGACUCCCUGGCAGAGAGGUACGACCUUCACCAUCCCUAUAGCAUUCGUAGUAGUGACGAAAACAACGACGACGACGACCCCUGGGGCAACCACGACCCACGGGAAGACAAACAACAGGAGGUGAGGGAGCAGCAAGAAGGACCAGAAGAGGAAGAAGAUAGAAGAAAUAUGAAUGAGUUAACCGACAGCCUUCAACAGCGGCAGCAGAUGGCGCUGGCCGCCCGGGCACUGAUUGGCACACUGGCGUCCCCGGUACCCACACCUCCGCUGCUCCCCUUCCAAGAAUUUCAGCCUACCAAACUUAUGGGAGGCCCAAACUUGUUGGUUCGAGCCCUGGCCACCACUAACCCCCGGCGGCCCAGGGGAGAAAAGAAGCCCAUCCCGGACACACUGAAAGAUGAUAAGUACUUUGAGCGUCGCAAGAGGAACAACCUCGCCGCCAAAAAGUCUCGUGACGCUAGGAAACAGCGCGAGGACCAGGUUGCUAUCCGCGCCACCUACUUGGAGAAGGAAAAUGCCAUUCUGCGGGCCCAGGUGGCCACACUUAGGGAGGAAGCCACCUCCCUCAGGAACCUCCUCCUCCAAAAGAAAGCAAAGCGCCAUUAGCCUCCAUGGAGGCUUUAACUACGUGCAUGAUUGUUUUAAAAUGCCAUAUUGAAGGCGAUUAUGUAUUUUGUGAUAAUAUGAGAUUUAGGUAUUGCCUUUGAGGUUCAAUUCCGUGUUAUCAAUUAUAGUUACAUUUUCCUUGGCUAAAUGUAUGAGGAAAAGUGGGGGAGUGAAGAAUGGAGGAGUGUGGAGUGACAGAUUCUUAUGACAUAAAAAGAACAAGUUAAUUUGAAGAGGUCAGCUGAAGUGGAGGAUUGAGUUUUUUCUUAUAAACUUGACCUUACACACUCGGCAAAUAAAUGAGUACACAAUUGAGUGCGCUUGCCUGUGGUGGAACGACCCUUUGGUAGAUUAACAUCUGGCUACGCUGUUGCACUCUACGAACCACAGAAUCAGCACCUGAUACAGAGCCUUGAAAACAUAUCCUUUUUUUGCAACAGUAGCAGUUCAUGAUGUAAUAUACAAUUAAAUAUUAAUAAGACUCUUAAAUUGAGUUUUUUGCUGAUUCAAUGAUCUAUUUAAGUUAGAAUUCGAAUGUUUACGGAUAUCGCGAAGCAAUAUUUCAAUGUUUCAUAGAUAUACAUCGGGGGAUAUUUAAAUAAUACAGUAGUAUCUCAAUCAGUGUAUAAUAAAUGAAAUAUUGCAAGAAAUAUACACUGAGUAACACCUGAUAUAGUAUCAAAGAAUUUGAGCUUAUCACACUUCUGUCCAACCAGCAGGCAGGCGUGGUCUCUGUCUAGUUCCACACUUCUCCGAAUUAACUAUAAGGUUAUGAUUUAGUUUUAAGAUCCUGUGAUAAGGGAAAAUUUUUAUGCUUGCGACACUAAAGAGACAGGAGAAGAAGGUUCUAUAUUUUCACUUCUGAACCCUGACUUCGUCGCUGACUUAUUAAUAUAUGAACUAAUAUUUUUUUUAUUUGAAAUAAAGUACAAUAUUAGUACUUAUACUAUUUUCCUUACUUUAUAGUAUCAUGUGUUUAUAACGUAGGAUCUGUUUUAAAUAAUUUUUUACUAACUAACCAAAGUAUUUUAAGUUUUCUAUUGUUAUUCAUUAUAGUUUGAUCGAGUCUGGGAGAUGCAACAAUUGUAGUCAGUAAUACACGAUUAUUUCCAUUAAAGUGACUCCUGGACAUGUGGGAAGGAAGGCCUUAAACUAAUUCACCUGACAUGUAGUCGGGUUUAGAAUUGACUGACUGUUGGCAGGUUUGGAAACUUGGUUGAGCUUUCACCGAUUCUUGUUCAUAUAAACAGGGUUUAGUCUUAUUCUCGGUUACGCAUCAAGGCUUCAGAGUUCAGAAUGUCUAGUGGACCCGCGGGCGGGUUUUGACUUGACUUAAGGACGCAAACAGAUCAGAAGUUUUACGCAUUUAUCUUUUGGAAUUGGUAAGACAUAGAAAUAUCACUCUUGACUAGACCAUGUUAUUUUGCUGCUACACACCAUCAUUGUCACUGUUACUCUCCUCAUGACACACAAGGCAGCUACAGUAUGGAACAGAGGAUUCUAGAAACACCAGUCUAUAUCUAGGCCUCCUAUUAAAGUUUGAAAACAAAUUUCCAACAAAGGCAAAAUAUUUAACCAUAAUCUCUAACCCCCAAUUAGCCAAAGACUUUCCAAUUAAAGUGUUGAUCAAACUUGUCACUUUAAGGACCUCUAUCUGAAUUUUAUAAGACAGUUUUUACAUUACACAGUAUUAUAUUACAUUAUAUUAACAACAUAAAGAUCUCAGCUAAAAUUUGCAGUUUAAAGUUCAACUCUGGGGUCUUCAUUAGUGACUAAAACAAGUGCAGUACUAACAACAGCAAUGACAAGUGAGUGGAUCAUGUACUGUAUAUUCUUGACUUCACUGUUAAGCUGGCGACAACUCAAUCUCCCUAGCACAAGAUACUUAUGUAAAUGACUAAUACCCUGUAUGUAUCAGAAUUUUUUAUCUUCAAAACCACAUUUUAACAAAAUUUUGUGUAAUCGACAGAAUUUUUCUUUUUAAGUCCAUCCAGUAAUAAUUUACUGAGUUAUAUUGUAACGAAGAAGAUGAAGAAAAUGUUACGCGGCUUCGUACCCCCGGAAAAGUUUGCCAUAAUUCUGUUCUUGUGACGAGUGAUGCACCACGCGUGGGUUUGUUGCACUGGAGGAUGGUGGCCACACCCAGACUGGGAGGACGACGUUUCUGCUUCCCUGCACUUAGGCUCCUGGGUAGAUGUGAUUGUGCUUGGGUUGGGUGUGUGAGUGCAGAAAGAGGUGUGUCAGAGAGGGAAGAAGGCUGGUAUAAGUUUGUAUUGUGAGGGAAGGCAAAAAUAUGUUGAGAUUUUGUGGUGUUAGGGAAAUACGGGCUGUAAUUGGGUAUAUGAAAGACUGGUGAGGGUAUUAAUGUGUGUCUCGAGGACAGGCAGGGCCGCCAAGAGGUUAGGGAAGCCGGGAUAAAUAACUGGGGCCUGGGAAAAGGGGAUAUAAAUAUUAAAUAUAUGUGUAACAGUUAAAAUAGGUACAGUACAUAGAUAAAAAGUGUUAUAUACAGGGGGGGUAUAGAUAUAACAGUACUGUAUUAAUCGUUCAAAGGCCAAAAGUGGGCCCAUAAAUUUAUCUUUCCCUGGGGCCCUAGCCAGCUUUCAGCGGCCCUGAGGACAGGUCAAGACAGCUAUGAGAAAGGAGUUGAGGAAAAGGUAAAAGAAAUGAGGUGGUCGGCUUAAGGGUAAUGUACAUGAGAGAAACAGCGUGGAAUGGAAACAGAGAAAACAUAUGAACGUGAACAUGGAGAAUGGAGGAAGUAAUGCAAAAAAGUGGAAAGCAGAUUAAGGAAUUAAGAUGGAAGAUCGAUCAAUAGCAAAUAGGAGGGGUGAAAAUGGAGUGGUAAAAAAAGUUGACCAGUGAAAUGGAAUAGUAGAAGGUAGAUAGAAAAGGAAUAGGGAGGAUGGAACAUACAGGAUUGACCAGAGAGCCAGUAGGAAGCGGUGCUACCAAACGUCACUUAGACUGCCCAGCUACACACCAGAACUUUGCUCAAGGAGUGUCAACUUGUACCUCAUAAUCUUAAGGUUUAAACUUAUUCUCUGCCAGACUUUUGUAAAAAAGAAUACUACUUAUAAGAGUUCCUUCUUAAUGGAUGGAGAUUAGAUUCCACUGCAGGUUUCCUAUUUUUGUAUCAGUCACUGCAUGAAAUCAUAACUAUGUUUAGAGUGAGCGGUGUGAAGCUGCACUUUUGUAUGGACCAAGAGCUCGUCUGACGGGCUGCAGCACUUUGAAGGUCAUGCUACGUUAAUGAUGUAUGUUAUGGCUUUUGUGUAUAAUACAAUACAUUUUCUA